GUAGGAUAUAAUAAGGGUUCGCUUCCGGUAGCACCGGACGUAGUUUGAAGAUGGCGUCUUCCAAGGUGGAUGGGCCUGCUGCAGCGUCUGGGAAAAGUGAAUUUCGUAGCCAGAAGCCUAAGCCGGAGAACCAAGAUGAAUCAGAACUCCUCACUGUUCCUGAUGGUUGGAAGGAGCCAGCUUUUUCCAAAGAGGACAAUCCCAGAGGACUCUUGGAGGAGAGCAGUUUUGCAACUUUGUUUCCAAAAUAUAGAGAGGCUUACUUGAAAGAAUGCUGGCCAUUGGUACAGAAAGCCUUGAAUGAACAUCAUGUUAAUGCAACCCUGGACCUGAUCGAGGGCAGCAUGACUGUCUGUACAACAAAGAAGACAUUUGAUCCAUAUAUCAUCAUUAGGGCCAGAGACUUAAUAAAACUAUUAGCAAGGAGUGUUUCGUUUGAACAGGCAGUACGAAUUCUUCAGGAUGAUGUUGCAUGUGACAUCAUUAAAAUAGGUUCUUUAGUAAGAAAUAAGGAAAGAUUUGUAAAAAGAAGACAACGGCUUAUUGGUCCCAAAGGAUCUACGUUGAAGGCGUUGGAACUCCUAACAGACUGUUACAUUAUGGUUCAGGGAAACACGGUUUCAGCCAUUGGACCUUUUAAUGGCUUAAAAGAGGUUCGAAAAGUAGUCCUAGACACUAUGAAGAAUAUUCAUCCAAUUUAUAACAUUAAAACCUUAAUGAUUAAACGAGAGUUGGCGAAAGAUUCUGAGUUAAGAUCACAAAGUUGGGAAAGAUUUUUGCCACAGUUCAAGCACAAAAAUGUGAAUAAACGCAAGGAACCAAAGAAGAAAACUGUUAAGAAGGCGUAUACACCAUUCCCACCACCACAGCCAGAAAGUCAGAUUGACAAAGAAUUGGCGAGUGGUGAAUACUUUUUGAAGGCAAGUCAAAAGAAGAGACAGAAAAUGGAAGCAAUAAAGGCUAAACAAGCAGAAGCUCUUAGUAAGAGACAAGAGGAAAGAAACAAAGCUUUUAUUCCACCUAAAGAAAAACUAGUUGUGAAACCUAAGCAAGCUUCUACUGAAAUUAAAAUUGAUGUGGCUGCCAUCAAGGAAAAGGUUAAGAAAGCGAAGAAUAAGAAAUUGGGGGCUCUUACAGCUGAAGAAGUUAAGCUUAAAAUGGAAGCAGAUGAAAAGAAAAAGAAAAAAAAGUAACAUACAAAAAACAAAAAAAACCCUGAGCUAGAAUUUAUUAAGCUAUCUCCUUUUGUAAAGGAUUUUGAGAUACUAGGGCAUUAGUCGCCUUAUCCGUGAGAAGACCCUGAUCAGUUUUUUCUGAGUUUGUUUUGUUCUUUAUAACAGUGUUUAUAUAAACAACUAUUCUUUAUAAA